AUGAACAUGGCAGACCCCGAUGCCGGUGCCGCCGACAACGCCCCCGGCCCGCCACGGCCGCCCCCAAGCUUCGCCGUGCCCUUUGACUCCGCCGCCGCGCCGUGGAACGUGCACAAGGAGGAGUGGCUGCGGGCGCGGGGCCUGGCGUGGGACGGCAUCGCAACGGGGGCGCUCGUGUACUACCACGACGACGGCGACGACGACGACGACGACAAUAACAACAAUAACAACAACGAGCAGGCAGGGGAGCGGGAGCGGGAAGGGGGGGGAAGCCGCACGCGCGUGCUCCUGCUGCAGCGGUCGGGCGACGACGAGUUCCCGAACCUGUGGGAGACGCCGGGCGGGGCGGUGGACGCGGAGGACCCGACGAUACUGCAGGGCUGCGCGCGGGAGCUGUGGGAGGAGACGGGCCUGGUGGCGGAGAGGGUGGUGAGGGUCGUGACGGAGGGGCGAUGGGGGCGGAAGGGGUGGCGGGGAGGAGUGGUAGAAGGAGAAGCAGUAACGGCAGGAGCGCCAGAAAGAGUCGAGGACAGUGACAGACGGGGCCCGGCUCUGCCGUACGAGCAGGCCGGGUCGGUGUUCCAGAACGAGACGCGCACGCGUACGUACUGCAAGUUUGCCUUUGAGGUCAGUGUGGUGAAGAAGAACAACACCACGACGACGACGACCGCGCCGCCCGAAGUGAGGCUGGACCCGGCGGAGCACCAGCGGUUCGUGUGGGCGAGCGAGGAGGAGGUGCGGGCGGGGAGGUGCGGGAGCCGGAUCACGCUGCCGUUUACGGUGAUGCAGAUGCGGAACAUGCUGCUGGAGGGGUUUCGGCUGCGGAGGGAGGAGGCGGAGAGGGCGAGGAAGGGAAGAGUUGGGGGAUGA